AUGUUUCGGCCGUUAAUCCUCAUUGCUCUGUAUCUCUCCGCUUUGGCUGUCGGUAUAGGACUUGGACCCGGAAGUCAAGCCGGAAGCAGCGGAACAGGAGCUAGAGAAAAUACAUACCAGAUUCCAGUUUCAUCUACCCGACAGAUACACGACCAGUGCGUGGGAGUUCAGAUACUGCCGGCGAUAAACAUCAACGCAGAACCACCGGAGCCGAACCGAGGUGGAGCCAACAGAGCCGCUCAGCCUGCAUUGAAUGUCGCAGUUCCAGAUACAAGAUAUGGAAAUCUUGAACCGAGCACGGGUGAGCCACCGGUGCCACCAAACUCACCGAUAAAGCGCGAACCUGUACCGCCGGCCAAUGUACCACCUGCCAGCAACUUGAAUCAAGCAACCGGAAACUCGAACGUACCACCAGCACUGCCUCCAAUCAGGCUAUUCGGCAAUUGCAGAGCCGCCGGUGGGUAUGCACGCCCCACGGAAGUGGGCUUGGACACUUACCUUGGUUGGGAUACUGUGAGCGAGUCAUUGAUUGCUCUACCAAAUGGACAAGGACUUGCGCGUGGCGGUUGCUGGGGCUGUCAGUACCUCAGGAUCUCUCAAGACAGGUACCGUAUCGAUUGCUGGUGCGAUAAUGUCGUCCAGCGUCCCUUGGAAUAUGUUGCUCGGGGAUCACAGAGAAGGGCGGCUAGGAUCUCGUUUAACCAAGAUGAGGUGUUUCAAUUAGUCAAUGGUCAACUCACCUGCCCUCAACCAAGGUCUUAA